UUUAUAUUUCAAGCUAAAAUUUUAACAUAUAAAUAAAAAUGAUCUCUGGCAGGAUAAACACGCUCGUUUUACUCGCAAUAUUCACAUUUACCACUAAUCACUGUAUUGCGGCAGCGGUUGUCAAUUCUGCGUCGUCAGCUUCCACAUCUGACAACAAAACUAUUUCGGAAACAGUCGAAACCGGAUGGACUGCUGAGGAUAUGCCCGACCCCCGAUAUUGUCCUGAAUGCUGUGGUAUAUCGGAGCCUGGAUUAAUAUGCGACCCAGAUGGUAUUUUCAAAAACCGUGCAUUUGGAGGAGGUCCAGAAGCUGCAAAUAAGCUGAACCGAGAUUUGCAUACCGCAGCAAACAAAAGUGUGUGUCCAUGCAUGAAUGGGAAAUGCUACACCUGGAACGUCGUCAUUUUUGUGGCAGUUGUCAACAAAAUUAAAAAUCCAGAUAACAAACGUAAAAAUGAAUUAAUCGGAGACUUCGCGAAACAACUCCAAGAACAUUGGUGGAAAGCUAACGACACGGAGUGCCAACAAGAAAUUAUAAUUGCGCUGUCUCUCGGGGAUGGAGCAAUAACAACGGAAAUCGGUGAUGAUAUACUUAGAGCUAAGAUGAUGAAGUAUGAUGAUGUAGUGUUAAUCGGCGGAGUUUCACAAGAUUUACAUUCCUCAUUUGACCUGUACUCCCAUGUACAAUUCCUUGUAAAAACCUAUGCCAUGUACGUCAAUCAUCCUCCAGAAACUACAACUUUAUCGGCGUCUUCAAACCAAACUGGGACAAUCAGUAUCGCAAAGAGCCCACGGGAGAGCGGAACUUUGCCAGCAGGAAUUAUAGCUCUUAUUGUCAUAGCCGUAAUAGUGUUCAUAGCUGCGAUUGGUUUAAGUGUAGUGUUGCCAUUUUGCCUGAAUUAUAAGUCUUGUUUUAGGAAAAAAUAACGAUACGAGUGAUUUUGUGGUAGUUUAGAUUACAUUUUUCGUAGUGUUUUGUCCAUCUACGAAAGAACCAGCAAAAGAAAGAACUAUUAGUAAAUAGAAACCCUGUACAACAGGCAGUUGAAUUUUACUGUGUCUUUUUUAUAUGAAUAUAUUAACUGAAAGUCUCGCUACUUCAUUGAUUGAUUGCAUUACCUCUCUCAUUUAUUUUUAUAUCUUUAUCAGCAAAUGGAUAAUAUGUUGCGUUUUACCGAAGAUAUACAGGACCAUAAAGUCUCAUUAUAAUUUUAAAUUUGUUAUGAAGUCAGUUCUCAAUAUAUCCUAACCAGGUUUGUUGUUUUUAAUCAGUAAUUGUUACUUCAUUCAAUACAUCUGUGAUGACCAAAACAAUAUAUGAUAUCGAAAAAUUCCCUUUGCAAUUUUGAAUUUUUUUAAGACUUAAUGGACAUCCAAUACUAUUCUGUACAUCAAGACUGCAAGGUAAAUCCGACUUUUUGGCAACAAAUUUUCUUAUAUUGUGCCCGAAUGGCGUAGGCUGCUUACAAUUAACUAACUUAUUCAAACCGAAUCUUCUAUUAUAAUUUCACUUUUGUUA